CCGCAGUUAUAACUCGCCUGCAGCUCAGAUGACACUGAACAAUUAAACUUUGGCGAUCAUUUCUGAUGAUUAUUAAUGUUUCUGAUGCAUGUUUUUGGGAGUUCAAACUGUGGAUUUAAAAAAAGACUGCUGAGACAUAAAUCCGGACUAUUACUUCACUGAAAGUAACACUUUAAAAUGAAUAUGGCGUUGAGAUAUUUUUCUGAGGAGGAUUUGAUUUGUCCAGUGUGCUGCGACGUUUUUGUGGAUCCUGUUGUUCUGUCCUGUGGUCACAAUGUCUGUGAUUAUUGUAAUGAUGUAUGUACAGUAUGUCCAGUUUGCAGCAGAAGCUGUUCAAAUGUUCCUCCUCCAGUGAAUUUGGCUUUGAGGAACCUGUGUGAGACUUUCCUACAGGAGAGAAGACAGAAAUCUUCAUCAGGAAUCUGCACCGCUCACAAUGAGAAGCUGAAGCUCUUCUGUCUGGUUGAUCAAGAGCCUGUGUGUUUGGUGUGUCGAGACUCCAGAAAACACACAGACCACAGAUUUUGUCCCACUGAUGAAGCUGUGAUGGAUAGUAAGGAAAAACUCAAAGCUGAACUGAAGCUCUUACAGGAGAAACUGAGAGCAUUUCAGAGUGUUAAACAGCUAACUGAUGGAAUUCUUAAAACUGUUAAGGCUGACGCUCAAGACACAGAAAGGAGAUUAAAGAAAGUUUUGAAGAACUUCACCAGUUUCUACGUGAUGAAGAAGCAGCUAGAAUAA